AUAGCCUCCCAUUCCGGAUAUAUAAACACCCAGCUGCCCUCCCGAACCGCCCACUCAUCACCUUCCUUCUUGGACAGAACCAUAGAAAGAAGAUACCUGUCUGCACCGCUCGUCCCUUUCCCCUCCUUAUCUGCUCGGCCUGCCCUAGAACGUUUGCCUUUUCACGUCGACCUCGAAAACCCACACCUGCCCAGGCAGUCGAUUACCACUACAUACCGCCCCGACGGUCGAGAACACCCAACAAAAAGUCAGAAAAGACAAACAAUUCGCCAAAAUGCCCAGCGCUAAGACCGACGUCAAGAGCAUCCUGGAGGCCAAGCCUCUCCAGUUCCAGAUCAGUGCUGGUGGCAAGAAAUGGGCCUGCACCGUCCACUCAGACCGCGCCUCAUAUGACCGCGUCAAGGCCUCGCGCACAAACUCCACCAGCUCUACCAGCUCGGUCUCGUCGUCCAGCUCUCGCGCCUCGUCUACCAAGUCGGCAUAGGCGGGCUGACAGGAAAAGUACCGCGGGCGCCGGUCGGGGAAAGGCUGUCGGGGAGGGAAAGAUGCAGGAAAUUCCUUGGCAGGGCGCGCUCCCGUAAGCUUGGGGCUCUUCCCGGGGUUUGUCUGGGGGGCCGGGGCGAAGACCAAUGACAUAACACCUGCGCGCAUUUACGGUUGGCUUGGCGUUUUAACAAAUCGGUGCGAAGGGGGCUUGGCUUUUUUGUUUUGAGAAGUGCGGGUUGCACGAAUUACCUUUUUUUUUUUUUUUUUUUUUUUUUGCCCGCAUCGACAGGAGGAUGGGGCAGACACACGGUGUUCUCGGGGUGGGCUGUUGGAAGCGUCCAUUACGAGAUCCAAAUAUGAAUUCAUUACCAGGCCUGAUCCGUUUCACGACCUGCUUGACCCUCGGGUUCCCGGGAUUCCCAUUCUGGGACGGGCGUGCCAGCCACAAAGUCCUUCUGCAUCC